AUGUCAGUUCCGCCGCCAGUUCGGCCAUCCGUUUCAGCUGCAGACGGGAUUUCUGAAGGCUGCUUUCCGUACAUAAAUCACAGGAGAAGGCAUGUCAUAGAUUUGCCGCGCAAUUUUGAGAUGCUAAAAGAUGAAGUGGAUAUUCUCCGUGAACGUUGGAAGGACGUCGAUGACUGUAUAAGUCGUCAAUCAGCAACCAGACAGAAAAACGAUAAUUAUGCAGCUCGUCAUAACACCUUACGUCGGAUAUUGAAAUAUUACCAAGAGAACAUCGUCAACAGAUGCAAAAAGCUAGUUGGACUUGAAUCAGGUGCAAACGGAGAAGCUGGAAACCAAAUCCAGUUCCAUGAAUUGUCAGCCGCUUCCAUAGGUCGGAAGAACAAAUUUUAUACCCCAACAUUCUACAAACUUGCAAGGCUGGAUAGAGAUGUUCUCAAGUUCAUGACUGAAGUCACUAAUCUCGAAAAUAAGAUUACACUUGAGCUUGUUACUAGUCAGAUAAAUCCAGAAAUUGUUGUAAGACAGAGUGCUCAAGAACUAACUCAUGUGCCUUCACAUCAAGCGGUCCUUGAGAGCCUGGAGCACUGUUUAUUUUACCCAGGCUGCAAGAGGAUUAUCAUCCGCGGAGAACCACAAGUUGGAAAAACAAAUAUUUUGAGAAACUUGAAUAACAGUUUGGUUCGAUGCGCUCCCGCCCUGGAAUUGGACUACGUCAUUUGGGUGAACUUUCCGACUAAUUUGCCCAAGCCAGAGGACAUCAUCACUGACAUACAAGAGAAAAUUAUUCAGCGUCUGGACUUAACUGGGCAGAAUAGUGCAAGUGGGAAAAAAGGACUAAUAUCUAGAGCACUACGUAGGAAAUCAUAUUUGCUGCUUUUUGAUGGGUUCUCUUCAUCAAUUGAGCUUGAGGACGUAGGAAUCUCUGAAGAACACACGCAUGGGAAAGUAAUCAUUGAAGCUAGAGAUCCAUAUCUCCUGGGGAAUUUUCCAUUCGACAAAGAAUUCAAAUUAGAGAGGUUAACACACCAUGAUUCGAGGAAAUUGUUUGAUAAGAUCAUUGAUGAUGAAACAUUUUGUGAACAAAACACAGUUCUAGCUGACUUGAUUGUUAAGGAGCUAGGUGGGCUUCCAGGGGUAAUCGCAUCUAUAGCAGGACAGCUGAAAAUUAAUAAACGAGUACAAUACUGGGAAGGUGUGAUUCAAAGAUUGACCGCAGAUAUUUGGGACAAUAAUCUUCUGGGCUUGGCAGGUUUGGCAGGGGUAAAAUUGGCUUUUGAUACAGCUUAUAGCAAAUUGAAAGAGAAUGACCGAAAGUGUAUACAUUAUGCAGCAUUGUUUCCAAAAGAGUUCACAAUUCCCAUUGAUAUUUUGGUCGAAUGUUGGAAAGCUGAAGAGUUUCUAUGGUGUCCUAUUCCUACAUUCUCUCAUGCACGAAGAGAAGGAGAGUGUGUACUCAACCAGAUGACAGAGCUUAAUCUCUUGGAGAGGUGUUCUGAGCACCAUGUCAAGAUGCCGAUAAUCUAUAGGAGACUUGCACUUGAAACACCUUUCCCUGGGGAGAAAAGCGCAACAUCCUUUGUCAGGUCGGGUCCAGAGAUAGACGGACACCUAAAAGAUCAAGAAUGGGAGAUGGCCAGAAGGGUAUCUUUGAUACGAAGCCAAUUAGAGGAAUUACCUGCGAGCCCAAAAUGUGAGGGCAUAUCAACACUGUUUCUGCAACUUAACCCAAACUUGAGAAUCAUUGAGGAACUGUUCUUCACAAGGAUGCAGAACCUUCGAGUUUUGGACCUCCACAGCACAGGAAUAAAAUUGUUGCCUCCUUCUAUUGGUCACUUGACAUCACUCCGGAGUUUAUACCUCAACAAUUGCUGUGACUUAACCGUGCUUCCACCUGAAAUAGUGGAACUCAAGACACUCGAAGUUCUUGAUAUUCGAGGCACCUCAAUCCAUUGUUUGCCUGAAGAGAUCAGCAGUUUGUUUGGCCUAAGGUGCUUGAGGUUUUCAUUUGUCCUUGAAGCGUGCAAUCCCAAUCCGGAGCCAGAACGGUCAUGGCUGAUAUUUUCCCCUGGAACAACUGACAUGCUUAAGAAGCUCGAGGAGUUGACUAUUGUCUUAGUAAAUGGAAGCAAUGAUGGCAUUGUUGAUCGAAUAAAAGCAGAGGUACUUGCAUUUAAGAACAAAAUUAAUCAGUUUAGCUUAAUUCAUCAUAGGCCAUCCCAAUUACUGGACCAAGGGAAUCUCGUUCAACUGAGGGGAAAAGGAAUAAACCUUCCGAAUCCAAGUGUUCCGCCAAGUCAUGUUCAUGAUCCAACAACCGAAGCCAGUCUCCGAAGUCAGACCAACGAGGGAGGUGCCGUUGACCGACCAAUUUUCUCAGCCGGAACAAGUGCUUCAGGAAUCGGAACAAGUACUUCAGGAACUGCUGGUGAAGCAGAGCAGGUCAUUGAAUGA